AUGUCUAACUAAAAUGACCAACAUAGUCAAAUAGAAGAACAUAUCCUCAAACUUUAUGAUAUAUAGGAUUUUAAAGGUAAAGGAGCUUAUGGAAUAGUUUGGAAAGCAAUUGAUAAAUAAACAAAGUAAUAAGUGGCAUUAAAAAAGGUAAGGACAAUAAAAAUAAAUGAUAGGUAUUUGAUGCUUUUUAGAAUUAAACAGAUGCUUAACGAACAUUCAGAGAAGUUUGUUUUUUAUAAUAAUUAACAGAGCAUGAAAAUAUUGUUAGAUUAUUAAAAGUAAUUCAAGCAGAAAACUAGAAAGAUUUGUAUAUGGUAUUUGAGUAUAUGGAGACUGAUUUACACAAAGUAAUAAGAGCAGGUUUAUUAAGUUCUUUACAUAUGCAAUAUAUAAUGUAUUAGUUGUUAAAAUGUUUAAAAUAUAUUCAUUCUGGAGAAUUAAUUCAUAGAGAUUUAAAACCUUCAAAUUUAUUGAUAGAUUCUGAUUGUAAAAUAAAAGUAGCUGAUUUUGGUUUAGCUCGUAGUGUUGCAUAAUCUGAAAAUUAAUAUGGUAUUUAUUAUUUUUGAUAAAAUGAUUAGAAAUGCCAAUAAUGACUGAAUAUGUAGCAACAAGAUGGUAUAGGGCUCCAGAGAUAUUGUUAGGAUCACAUCAUUAUACAAAAUCUGUAGAUAUGUGGAGUGUUGGAUGUAUAUUAGGAGAAAUGUUAUUGGGCAAAGCAAUAUUUUCAGGAGCAUCAACUUUAAAUUAAAUAGAAAAAAUAAUUGAAUUAAUUGGAAGACCUAGAUAAGAAGAUUUAGAAUUAAUUAAUGCACCUUUAGCUUAAUAGGUUUUAGAUGGAAUUUCUAUGCAAAAAAGAAAAAGUUUUGCAGGAUUCUUUCCAAAUGCAGCUCCAGAAUUUAUUGAUUUUAUUCGUUAAUGUCUUAAUUGGAAUCCUUAAAAAAGAAUGACUAUUGAUGAAGCAUUAAAACAUUAAUUGAUGAAAGAAUUUGCAAAUACAGAAGAUGAAAAAACAUUAAAGUCUAUUAUUAGAAUACCAUUUAAUGAAAAUAAGAAACUUACUAUCAAGGAUUAUAGAGAUAAAAUAACUUUAAAUUGUGAAUAGAUAUUAUAAGAAAUAGAAUAGAAUAUAUUUGAUAAAGAUAUACCAAAACAAUAUUUGUCUACUCCAUAAAGUUUUUCAACUUAUAUGAAUAAUUUUGAUUCUAAACAAAAAUAAAAUGUUUAAAAACAAUAAGUAUCUUAACCUGUAGAAAAACCUAAGAAAUUAGAUUCUUUUUAUAAACCUGAAGGAAUGAAUGUAUAUUCAACUUAAAAGAAAUCUGAUUAUUCUCCUUCAAUGAAACCUACUAUGCCAUCUAAUCCAUAAAAUAUUAAUUAAAAUUGUAUUCAACAAUAAAAAUUCACUUCCAAUUAAAAUUAAGGUUAUAAUUAAGGAUUAAGAAAAACACAUACUAAUAUUGUAAAUAGACCACAUAAUGAUUAUAAUAAAAGUCCAGAAAUGAAAAAAAAAACUGAAAAUGUUAUAACUAAUGUAACAAAAUCUUAUUCUUUUCAUGGAGAACCAUAUGAACGACGAAUAGCUAAUGCAAGUUUCAGUACUUAAAAUAAAAAUGAGAAUAAACCAUCAACUUCAGUUAGUUAUGUUAGGCCAGUUCAAGUAUAAUAGUUAUCAAAUUAUACUACAGCUUAGAAUUUCUCUUAGUAAAAGGAAAUGUUAAGACCUAAAGAUCCUAUUAUGAUUACUUAAGCUUAAAGAAGUAAAUCAUUUGAAAAAUCACCUAUUAAUAUUAAUCCAACAAGUCCUUAUUAAAGAUAAAAGACUGAAGUUUCAAAACCCAAAUUUAUACCACAAAGUAAAUUAAUUAUCUUAUUUAGAUAAUAUUAAUAGUAGUGUAGCUUAAGUAUAGAAAUUACUAUAAAAAUGUUGUUAAGUUUAGAAUUAUCAAUAAUAAUAACAUAAAAAAACUUCUAGUGUCAUUGAAUCUACAAAAUAAUAACCAUAAUAAAUUUAAUAAACCAUUAAUUAUAAUUAUUUUGAUAUCAGAAACUCGAAAUUUAUCUGA